CGGUACCGCUGGUCGGUUUUUGUCGCAAGUCAGUUCAGAGCAGCGAUCUCUGUGCACGCUUGCGGCGUCUUUGCAUUUGGCAUUCGUCAGCGAGCCGCUAAACGGGGUUGGUGAUAAACUGGUGCUCGAGGUGGUGCAGUGAGAAUGGUGAAUGCGUAUCCCAGAAUGUGAACAAUUAUUUCGGCGGCAAAUUGUAGUCGCGGAAGCGUGUUCUGCCCGUAAUAACAGUGCAUCGGAAGUCGAGUGAGUGCCCGCGAUUCUACGAGCACAGUCGAUAAGAUAGAUAGAUAGAUAGAUAGAUAGAUAGAUAUUCGAGAUAGACGUCGGUUACGAGUUUCUCUCUCUUUUUCUAUCUUCCUAUCUCUCUCUUUCUCUAUCCCCCCCUCUCUCUCUCUCUUUCUCUUUCUCUCUCUUUAUUUUUCUCUUUCUCUCUUUCUCUCUCGCUCUCUUUCUUUCUCGUUUCCCGCGGUGUGCUGUGUGUACGUAAGAAACGCACGAGUGUUGAGUUUACCGCCGCGAUCAUCUGUCGCGCGCGUACCGACCGGUACGCGUAUGCACGAUUAUUUUGUGUACAGUUGGAUUACUCAAAACCGAUGGCAUUUGGAAUGCCGCCUCUGGCUGGAUGAACGUCUCGGCCCCCGGCGGAGAGACUGACCAACCGUGAUAUCGGGACCAGGGGGACCCAGCGGACAGGGGUAUAUAGUCAGGACGCUAGAGCGUAGCGGCGGCGACAUGAAGCAUGCAGCAUGCGCGGUAGCGGUGUCACAGCUGCGCGGUCCUGCCUUCAACCUCUGGUGUCCGCCAGCCGAUACCUUGCCGUACAUGCCCUCCCAGGUGACCCUCUCUACUUUGUCGUCGAGGCCAAGUCGAGGGUGAAGGAGGUCUACGCCCAAACAUGCGUCCUGCUGGGCCAACAGGGCAUGUUAGACUGCGAAUUGUUUGGCCUAGCAAUUCUGUCUGACGGCGAGUAUCUCUUUGUGGACCCUGAAAGUAAGCUGAGCAAAUACGCACCCAAAAAUUGGCGAAGUUCUCAUACAUACGGUCUUGAUAGCAGCGGAAGACCAGCAUUUGUGCUCUAUUUCCGGGUUCAGUACUACGUGGACACCCCGUUACUCUUGAGCGAUGAGACGACCCGGCACCAUUACUAUCUCCAGCUGCGCGACAACGUCGUCCGACAUGGCGGCGGGGUGGAAAGCCUCCACCCCCACCACCCCUUGCACAAACCGGGGGUGGUUGCGCCCUUGCUCGCGCUUGCAGGGCUCGCUCUUCAGGCCGACCUCGGCGACUAUUCCGAGGAGCGUCAUCGACCUCACGCCGGUUCGGUCGGUUACUGCAAGUCUACCGACUACCUUCCACCCCACAUGUGUAUCGAGAAGAAUAUACUUAGUAUUCUUAGCGCCCAGCACCGAGAUAAUCGCGGAUUGUCACGAGAGGAAGCGGAGCUCCAAUAUAUCCGGGAGGCGGUGCUCCUGGAAGCGCCGCUCAACGCGCACCUCUACCGGCUUCGUAGGAGCAAAAAUGAAGCCGGCCCUGGACGGAUCCUUCUCGCGAUUUGCGCUCGUGGAGUCCGCGUAUACGCCGAGGAAGAGACGCCUCGAGUAUUUGCUUGGAACAACAUCGGCAAACUCUGCUUUGAUCGUAAAAAGUUUGAAAUUCGGGCAGUUGACCAACCGGACAAACUCACCUUGUACAGUGGGUGCGAUGACAAAAGUAAAUUAUUGUUGGGACUCUGUCGAGAUACCCAUCAAUUUUCCAUGGCUAUAGCACCACGACUGAGCGAGGCGAGACGUCGCGAAGAAGAAGAGCGGAAGGUGCUGCGAGACUGCUACAUGUACCCAGCGAGGUGCAAAUUAAGCUUAGCUGCACGAGGCGCUCGGAGUGACCAACGCAUCUCUGUUAUUUCAAGUACUUCUUCCAACACAACGUCGGGCAUAGUGAGCGAUCGAGUUCACAGUGAAGAUGAACCUGAUACUGCACCAGCUUCAACAGAGUGUCUACCUCGGCUCACAGAGUAUCCAAACCACACGCAGCCAUCGCAAAUCAUCAACGGCACUAACGGUGACGAGCAUUCCAGGCCGUCGUCUCCUGCUUCUACGGUGGAUGAAGUUGACAACAUCGAAGCUGCGCCGUCAUCUGUAGCACAGCAACGCCUCGUCUCGACCGCAGGAGUAACAGCGGAAGGCUCGCAGUGCAGCAGUAAUUGCAGUACAGUGGUUAUUGUUAAUGUUCCCGAUGGUCCUCCUCCACAAAUACGAAGAGCAUCUGCAACGUCAAGUCUCGAAUUAGGCUACUCGCAUACGGCCCAAAAUUCAGCUGUUUCUUCAGAAACUGCGAGUUUUCCUGGUGCGAUUUACGAUAGGUGUAGAAAAACUGGAAAAUAUGCCGGCACUGACAUCGCUAGUGAAACAAGUGGCGUUUAUACUCUGAGGAGUAGUGAAAUGCAAGACGAACGUAACACAGAUGUGUACUCACCAACAGGAAUCGCGAAUGCAUCUUCAGCUGCGAGUGACGUUUGCGCUAUGAGUUCGGUUCCCUCAACAACAGACGAAGCCUCAGUGACUUCCGGCUUCUACACAAUUCACAGCGGCCUGAGAUCAGAGACUAGUGGUGUCUACACCGAAGACGUAAACACAGAAGAUCAGGAGCCGAUAUACAGUAUUUGCAAAGACGGUGAUCAGGUUGAAAACAGGAAUUCGGGAAUGGACGAAGCGCUUCUUGAACAGGAGCUCGAAGACUCGAGGUCGAGAAGCAACAGCAUUUUGAGCGCUGGCAGUUUCAGGGGAGAUGGGAGUGACCCAUCGGACGUAGGACCUCUUCUCUCCGCAGACGAACUCUCCGAUUUAAUCGUUGGGAGAUAUCCGCCUCGCAAGACGAUCAGCAAUUCCAUGGACUCGGACUGCGACUACGUAACCCUUCCGCCUCCGCCACCACCUCCUAGAACUGACAGUGAAAGGCAGCUCCCUCUUCCGCCACCGUAUCCAGUGAGCGGAGAUUACGCGACGAUUAAAUCGCCCAUGAGCGAAGCUUCCAUCGAACGGGAACCACCGCCACCGCCUCCAUACAACGCUGUUCGAGGGGAUUUCGUUCCUCUGCCUCCACGAAGGUCCGAUCCUCCGCCGCCUCCCCCCUACACGGCACCGAGAGAAAGGAUUCAGAUCCCUCCGCCAACCCCCCCGAGGAACGACGCAGUCACUCCAAGGGAGCCUCCACCACCGCCGCCGUACCCUGAACUUCCAGAUCAUCAGGAGGCCGUUUCGACGCUCUACGAUAAGAGCGAUGAGGAAAAUGGUGCCAAAGUUACGGCUGGUAAGUCCUACGGCAGUCUGAAUAGAAGCAACGCUGUUUCGACAUCUUCGUCAAAUUUCUCUUCGGGGAUCGUAACGAACGUAGUUCAGACCGCAGCACCGAAACCACCGCCUAGAAUUCAACCGCCGACCUAUCCUGGGGACAAAAUGAAACCCACUCCGGUUCACGCUCCAGUCGCCGCACUCGUCGUUGGGCCUAAUAACUAUUUGGACGUCCACGCUUCGCGGGGUGGAUCGCUGCUUCUUCCUUACCUCUCACCGGCUCCUCCACCUACGACGCAUUCCAGACAACCGCCACCGCCGCCACCCAGCUUAGCUACCGUGUACACAAGUCAGGUAGCGAGAUCGCAGAUCGAACAGUACAAGCAACAAUUGUACUCCGACGUCGACUUCGUCAUGUUCCCACUGAAGGAUCCGGCCGUUUCUAAGCAGGAGUACAUCGACGCUAAACAAGGAUCGCUGAUUGCAGCAAUGGCGGCUUACCCUCCACCGCCUUACCCUACUUUUAACAAUAAAUCGUCGGUCGUUUAUCGCAGCACGCCUUAUCUGCCGGGUUCUUCGUUCUCUUCACCGUCCAAAUACGCUUCUAACCAAAACUUGAGUAUCGCCGGCGAUUCUUCAGGUGGUAAUUACUUGCCGCAAAGCAAUGUAAGCAGCCACUACGCGGCGAGCACGAGCUCUUUGUACAGCGGAGCAACCUGCUCAUCUGGAGGAAGCCAUAGUCUUCGAAGAGAACCACCUGCUCCUACGCAUCCUCAUACUCUACAUGGAUUUUCAAGGACUAAAAGCGACGAUAAUAUACUUAAAAGUUUUGACUUGUCGCUCAACACUAGGGUUUCGUCUUUGUUGCAGCCGAAACAUCGACGGUUACCGCCGCCGCCGCCUCCACCUCCUUAUAAGAUUCAGACUUUGGAAAAGAGUCAACCUCUUCCAUCGACCUCCUCAUCGUCGAUAAAUACGUCAAAGUUGAAUAGUUCGUCCAUGGGAAUGCCGGAAAGGGACGAUGGUAAGGAUGACGGGAUGUUGGACAUACGAACUUUACGUGAAAAAAGUCGAAAUUUAGACUUGCCACUAAUAUCGGCGCUCUGCAAUGAUCGGUACCUUCUGAAACAAACGAACGCCUUUGUCCUACCCAAGCACCCUACCGAAGGCAACGUUGUUUCAUCUUCGAAAUCGAGCUCGAGGAGCAGUAGCGGGACUUCGAGUAGAAACAAGUACCCAGUGAGCGGUUUAUCCACAACACAAAUUUCCAAGCCCCCUAGGAAACCCUCCACAAGUACUCACAGGCAUCCUGGAGAAGCUAAAGGAAAUGCUCACAGAUUACUGGCCGCUUCUGGGCCAUCGCCUGCCAAAAAGGAUCCCACAAGAGCGUCGCAUUCAUAGUUCAGCAAAGCAGUGAUUUCUAUCUAUAGAACAUGGUUUGAGAUCUGCAGAAAUUUGACUGUUCUUAUCUGGCCGCGGAUUAAGGCUACGAACUGCCAGAGGUAAGUCUCAGUGGCGAGUGUUUGGAUUAGAAUCACCUGUUAUAGUAACUCGGAUAGAACGACCCAUUGGACUUAGAGACCUGGCCAAUACAACAAGUGCAGCAAAUGUGCUGGUUGCCGAUCUUUGCUCUCGACACAAAAAUUUCUGAACUACUUUUGUGCCGCAUUAUAUUUGAUAAAUAGUUUUUAGAUGUCUUCAAAGUUCGUGAUUUUAAGUACAUUUUGUGGUAAAAUGGAAAUUGAAAUUUUUUCAUUCGAGAUUUUUAAAAAUCAACUGACAAUUUUGAUACACGAUCAAAACGGUUGACAAAUAUUUUAUAAAAAAAUUCAGAGUUUGUAAGACUUUUUCAGAAUUUGGUUCUUCCAGCAUUAAUUAAUUUAUUUUUAUUUUUUUUUUUUUCGGAACAAAUGGGAAUAUUUAUCCAUCAGGGUUAUUUCCCUAUUCUUAAUCAAAGAAGUUGUAUGUGAAUAGAUCAACAUGAAAGUGUGUAAAUAAGGCCUGAGUACAUUCUAUUUGAAUGUCUGAACUGUUUACUUGCUGAAAAAACAUUAUUCAACAGUAUUGCAGACUUUGAAUACUUUGAGCUGCAUUCGAAAAUAAUUAGUAUCCUGAAAAUGCGUUUGAUGAAUUUAUCAAUUGAAAUUGCACUCGAAUCAAUUCAGUGAUGUCAAAGCUUUAAUUGAAUGCAAAUCAUCGUAUUUAGUCUAUAAUUUUAGCGAGAAUGUUGUUAUUUCGUCACCGAUCGGAGUAAUAAGUUCCCCACUUGAGCACCGAAUUCUUCAGAAACAAUUCAAAUUAAAUAUUUUCCACUUGAAAGAUUUCAACUGAUACGUCCUUUCAGAAUUGAAAUAUUUAUGAAAGAUUUCAAAUAUUCUGUUUCAAACGUUUUUCAAACUGAGAGAUAAGUUGUAGCUUCAACGUUGCUUAAAAUUGAAACAGAGCGAACACAUACAUAUUUCUCUACAUGUCACGUCUUAACGUCAUUCACUGGUAUACCUAUACAUACUACGCAUCUAUACAUAUCAGUUUAUGUCAUUAGUGAGAUAAACAUAUGAAAAACGUAAGCAAGUAGCUUUUUUAUUCUCAAUCUUUGUAAUUAUUAUAUAAUUGUACACAAUAUUUUUAAUGUAUAUUGCACAUUAUGCAAUCAAUGAAAUAAAUGUUUUUUUUUUUAAACAAUAAAUGAAACUUGUAAAGAGCAUGCCAUGCAAAGUCCGUGACAUUAAUAAUUCAGUUUUUCGAUUGAACACGUUAAAAAUUAUUGAAAAAGAGAGCUACGUUACAGAGUUAUCUAACAUUUAAUUGAAUGUAUUUCCGAAGCAUUGCACACCAAUGAAGAAUUCGUUGCGAGGUAAAAAUUGUUUAUUGUAGAGGAUUCGUUCAAUAGAAUAAGUAUUUCUUUUUUUAUUUUUUUUUUUAUUUUUUUUUGGGAAUCGCAUUCAUGUUCAUCCAUUUCAGGAUGAGGAUGAUCCUGCAUGCUCAACAUUUUUACACAAUUAUAGAGCUUAGUUGGUUAAACCCGCGAAACAAACUGCUAAAUUUUGUAAUUUCGUUAACGGCUUUCUCUUGUUAAGACGCCGCUGAACUGGCUUGUCAUAUGUACAAUAUUUCGUGAUGUU